GCCAUGUAUAUAAAGAGGCUCUGGGCCUGCCGCUUUGGCAGCUCGUCCGGACGUCGGAGGCAGGCUUGGACUCUGGUUUCGUUGGCCGUAAGCUCAGGCAAGAAAGUCUUCUGUAAAAGGAAUGAAACGAGGAGGAGGAGUAGGUGGAGAGUUAAGAGCAAACGGGACUGAGUGGGCUGAUAUGUUUGGAUCUUAGGGUUUUUUGGGGAUUAGGGUUUUGGGUUGGACCAAAUGGGGACGAGGGUCCCAGUUCAGCAUUACAACCUGCGAUCGGCCAAUUCAUUUAUUGGGAGCUCGUUGCAUGAUCUCAACACGGUAGACGCACGUCCGGGGGAAAUCGAGGGCAUCAGCGAUGUUGAUCGCGACGGUGUCACCGAGGAUAGCUUGGACAAUGAUGAAGAAUCAAAUUCUGUGGACUGCAUGCAUGAAUCUUAUAGGAACUCAUUACCGCUUGACAGUGUAGGUGUGGAGGAAGAUCGUUCGAGCCUGGAGAAUAGUGAGUCCUCAAGGGGACCAUAUGAUAUGCUGACCUUUGAUGAUGUUACACCAAUUGAAACAGCACGGGCAAGAUUUUUGCAAAUUAUUGUGGAUCAUUUUAUUAAUGAGCAUGUAGUUGAAGUGGCUGAUUCGGAGGCUAACUAUGCUGCUCAGUCUGACCAAGAUAAACUAAGCAAAAGAAAGACAAGAGAGAUCCAAUAUGAAGGCGAUCCUAGGUUUGUUUUGCCCUUGAUGUAUGUUGCAAAUAUGUACGAAACCUUAGUCAAUGACGUGAACAUUAGGCUUGCUUCAAUGAAUGGUAUGCAUGUAAAGACUAUUGGCGUAGCCCUUGAAGCAGCAGGCGGUCUGUAUAGAAGGCUGGCAAAGAAAUUUCCAAGAAAAGGAACUUGUACAUUCAAAAGAAGGGAGUUGGCAACUUCUUGUGAAACAAGGACAAGAUUUCCAGAACUAGUGAUACAAGAGGAGAAGCGAGUUCGUUUUGUAGUAGUCAAUGGUUUAGAUAUUAUUGAGAAACCAAACAAUAUGCCUAUUGAUGAUGCCGAAUGGUUUAAACGGUUGACUGGUCGGAAUGUGGUAGCUGUCUCUACUCGAGACUAUAAAUUUUACUCCCCAAGACACAAGUAUCGGCGCAUUGCAUCAAACUCUUCAUCUAAUAUCCCUGGAUUGCCUACAUUCCCUGGCACUGAUAAUUCUUCUGUCAUGGCUUCUGUGCAAGUGUUCCGCUCCGUAAAUGAACCACAGAAUCAGCAGCAGACUCCAUCCAAACAUCAGAUGCAAACACUGUCUCAUCAGCCACAGUUUCACCCUAUUCAGCAGGGUCAUCAUCAAACUAUUCACCAAAGUCAACACGCAGCCCACUUUUCUCAAAACCAUCAGUGUGGGCCAUCUGCACACUUGACUGAAAUUACUCAUGCACAUCAAUCACCUACCAUUUCUCAACACCUAGAUUGCUUACAACCGCUUGCAGGAGUUCAUGGAGGAGGGCGCUUGCAUGUAAUGCAGACAGGGCUGGCAAAGUUCUGUGAUGAAUGUGGGGCUCCAUAUUUGCGAGAAAGUUCCAAGUUCUGCUCCGAGUGUGGUUUUAAGAGGUUAGGAACAUGACGUGAUCUAUGCAUCUGCUCGCCUGCCCUGGAACCUAUAUUUAUAUUUCUUUCUUAUUGUAAAUAAAAUAAUGUGAAAAAAAAACUCGUUAUAAUUGUACACCUGUAUAUGGAGGAUUGGGAAAUUCAAUGAAAAAGGUUGUGGUGAAAUAUGACAGCAUGGUUGAUGCUGUAUUUAUUGA